GAUCCAGAAACAAAACAAUCAUGGCGGCCUAUAUGUUUUGAAACAAACUUCGAUCGGAGGACAAUCGGAAUAUCAAUCAUACCAGGAGAGUACUUGUUUUUUCCAAUAUAUCUACCGUUAUUAAAUCACAAAGCAUGCCUCCAAAAAGAAAGGCGGCACGAAAUCAUGCCACAAUACCUUCCCGGCCUCGGUUGGCAGCAACAACCAAUGAUGAUGAUUUGACUGCUCCUGAUGGGCCACAGCCAGUCAAUCUACAACAGGGCAGACUCAUACCGGAAGCUGAGGUAGAACAGCUGAUACAGAGGGCCGUACAGCAAGGGGUUGAAGCUGCUUGUAGGCAGAUUUUCCCCCAAAUAACAAACAACACAACUGCUACACCAGCCGUUGAACAGCAAGGGCCAGCAGCAACUGCAACCGGUCAGGCCUCUGGCUCAAUGCCACAAAUGGACGAAGCCGUUGGUGAGGAUACAGUGUUACGGACUGCCAUAGAUGUGGCAGCUACUGUGUCACAGGUCGCCCCAGCUAAUGACAGUGAUUAUGUGCCAUUCAGGUCUACAGCAAUCCCACUGCCAGCACUAGUAGCUCAACCUAUUAAGGACAAAAUUUGGGCUGGUGAAUUCAUUGAAAUCUCAAUGAUUGACAAGAAAGAUCACGAGAGCUUUGAACAAGUAAUAAAGUACAUUGCUGGGGCUCCUGUGGUGCAGUGGGUGCCCAAACAUAGGACAAAGACACUGUCCUUGGAUCAAUGGACCAAUAAUUUCCACAUAUAUGCAACCAUAUACUGUGAAAAGAAACCAGAGAAAUUUGCCAGUCUCCUUAAAUACAUGUCAAUUAUUAGAAAAUUAGCAAGUAAGGGUGCAGAUUGGCAGUUUUAUGACUGCUCCUUUAGAAGGUUACAGGCCACAAAUGGGGAUCAGGGCUGGGAAAGAGUCGAAUGGGAGCUAUGGCACGAAGCCAUUAUACGCAAAGUAGGACAAAGUUCGACCUCAGCAAAGCAUUUAUCUGUUCCACACCCCAAGGGUUUUUGUUUUAAAUUUUUAGAAGGAAAACCGUGUCCGGGUCCAGAAGGGGGAUGUCAACAUUUUCAUGGGUGUACCACAUGUCAGGGUAAUCACCACCCAGGUACCUGCCAUGGCUCUUCCCAAGCCCCACGUUCACAUUUUGGUGUGACACCAAAUUUUCGUCCCCAACGAUUCAAUUUUCAAGCCCCAUCAGGUCGUUAUCAACCAUACUCACCAAGAACACGUGGUAACUUCAGAAGUCGUCACCCCUAUCAUCGCCGAUAGACUAGCAGUUAUGUUAGAAGGCUAUGAUA